UUCACCAGUUUCUUCCAUGUUCAACUUUUUUUUUUACAGUACCCGCCAAAGCGCUAGAAACCUACAAGAAACGCCCAUCUACGGAACGCCAACAUGUACAAAAAGUUACUGUGUCAUUGUACGCACGCGCAGAUAGGAAGUGUCCGGGACUUUGCGAAAACCUGAACACUGAACGGGAGGACCGGAACCCAUGCGACUUUGACUUGGUCAGUAUCAGGGAAGCGUGGCAGCGCUGUUGCGCUAAAUCUUCUGGGUUGUGGUGUUACUGUAAAUAUUUAUUUUAUAACACUUUGUAUGUAAUAUUGUGGGGCCUGUCUUACAGAGAGAAGUGGAUAUUAUUAUGUUUAUCGGUGCGAUUGUCAUGAUGAAGAACAGGAGAGACAGUCAAUUCUGAAUGAAUGACACCGGUUUGGCCAGGUGGCAGGUGUGAGCCCAUUGUUGUCACUGAAAAUCUCUCAUAUGUUUACAGUAUAAACAGUAAACAUCAGAACACACACAUGCACAGGCAACUUGCCCGACAAACCCUCACAUACCAUAAACCACUUAAGGAGAUGUUGAUCUGCUGAGGAUGGGUUUGCUCUUGACAAUCUGUUUGUUUUGUAAACAUGAGAAUACAGUUGAUUGUAAUGGCACUGCUUAUUUCGGUCACUUGUCCUAACCCCCCUACCCUCUUUUCUAUCCAUUCAGUUGUAUUAUUCCUAUCUCUACUCCACCCCCUUAUCUCUCUGUCAUGAACCCUAAUCUUUAUCCUAUUCUCCAGUCACCAUAGAGCAGCAUGCAGGGAACCUGUUUAUGUUCAGUAAGGUGGCCAACAUUAUCCUCUUCUUCAGGCUGGACAUCAGACUGGGCUUCCUCUAUUUCUUACUGUGCAUUGCAUUCGUCAUGACCUGCAAACCACCACUCUACAUGGGCCCAGAGUACAUCAAGUACUUCAGUGAAAAGACCAUAGACUAGCCCUGCCUGCCAUGAUGGUACUUUUAGUAGCAGAAGACACCCACCUGGGAACCAGACUACUAUUCCAGUGAUCUAUUAGAGGCCAACGUCAUGACACUGUACUGGACUGCGGUUUGGGAAGAUGGAUGCUGGCCGGUACGGAGAGGUGGCUCAGAGGUACAAGGUUAGCACCUCCUCUCUGGCCAAGCAGCUCCCUUCAUUGGUGCUUUUCCAGUCAGGGCGGGAGGUCAUGAGGCAUCCAAUGGUGGACAAUAAGUUUCGAGCUGUGUCCUGGACUUUCAGCGAGGAAAACAUGAUACGUGUCUUCAACCUGAACAAGCUCUUCAAGGCAUCUAAGAAGAUAAAGAAGGGUCGUGGUGUGAAAGGAGAGGACCAGAACCCCUCACUACCAGACGAGGGCAGCGAAGAGCGCCAACCUGAACCAGACACCCCAGCAGAGAGCAAGAAAGACCAGUAGUGACGAAGGGACAACAGGGACUGGAUUGUUCUACUGCACACAGUUCACUGCUCGUCACACAAUCGCUGUCAGUUAUCACUGGUUGUAUUACCAGACGACCAGGAUUCAAGUUAAUUCACGAGCUUGGGCUUGUGGAAAAGCUGCUGCACGCAAACCAAAAGGGACAGAAUGAGCUACACUACAUGGCCAAAAGUAUGUGGACACCCGCUUGUUGAAAAAUCUCAAUCCUAAAUCAUGGGCAUUAAAAUUGGAGUUGGUCCCCCUU